AUGACGAGUGAGAAGCUCUCCUUCAAAGGGUCGUGCAGACGGGAUCUGUCGCAUUUGAAUUUUUGGAUAGGCGUUGCAGUCACGAAGCAGGUGAAAGAAGUGAGGAUCGAAAUCUUAUUUGAACAGGAAGAGCCUCUGAUGCUGCCCCCAGAGAUAUUCAGGCACCAAACUUUGGUGGUCCUAAAGUUAAAUUGCUACUUUACACUCGGCGAUUAUGUUGCUAUCAAUCUCCCGAGGCUCAAGGCCCUGCACAUUUCACUUGAUUACCGGAACCGACAUCUCGUGGAGAGGUUUCUCUUGGGUUGUCCAAGGAUAGUGGAGCUCUCGAUAUAUGGAAAGCUGUUCCUUGGUCGAGAAGCAGAAAACAAUGUUGUGGAUGAGCUCGAUGAAGUAUUUGCAGAUCUUCCGGAACUGGAGAAGCUUGAACCCGGGCCGCCACCACCUUAUCAGGAAGAAGAGGAAUUCUUCCUUUCUUCGCUGACUCUGAGGAUUCUAAUGAUACACUUAGUACAAUGUUCGAAGCUUAACUACAAGAUCGUAAUCGAUGCCCCAGCUCUGAAAAGUCUCAGUGUCUGGGAUGGAGUCUCGCUGCCUUGCUACUCGAUAGGAGAGUUCCGCUCACCUGCAAAUAGCCGCACCAGCCUUCACAUGGCAGACUGCUUGCAGCAAUUCUAUGGAGCCCGUCUAUACGGGCUCCUCAUUCAACCUUCGGUGGUCACAUUCUCCGGUCACGUGUUAACUGAGUUGGAACUAGUUCAUCGUGAAGGUUCUCGGACAUUCGAGGGUGUGACCCAUCUUCGAAUCAAUCUUGCUCACCACUUAUGGGGCUUCGAAGCGGUUCCUUACAUACUCAAUUGCUUUCCAAGGCUUGAAAUCCUAUGCCUAGUAAAGAGGUUCUUGCCAAGCUGCAACUUGAUGACGGGCAAAUUCCAGCUCCCGGGAUGGGCACCAGAAUGCAUAAUGCUUCGCCUCAAGGAAAUCGAGUUUAAGAACUUCAGGCCGAUUGUACGAGGUGAAAUGAAGCUACUCGAGUACUUUCUUGAUAAUGGAAAGGCAUUGAACAGGGUGACGAUCAAUAUCAGUUCCCGCAUCCAGUCAUCAUUCGCAGAACGCAACGCUUUCCAGAUGAUGCAUCGAUUCGCCAAGGCCUCACAAUCUUGCCGGCUCGUGAUUCGAGAAGAACGUGAUCAGCCAAGCAAUUUUAAGGCUGCGAAUAUCAUACAUUUGGACUAA